GGCAGGCAGAGAGCCGACCCCGGCCACAGCCCGGCGGGGGGCAGGGGACGCCUCGCUCCGCGCCGGGGGGAGGAGGGGGCAGCCCGGCGGCAGAGCCCGCAGGCAGCGCUGCCUGGGCAGGAGGAGAAAGGCGGGCGGAGGGGCUCCUCCGCGCGAGGAAGGAGGAAGCGACGAGCGGCGCUCCCUGCCCCCGCCGCCGGGCUGUGCGGGGGGGGCGCGCGGGCAACUUGGUGUCCAGCCCGGCGCGCGCAGCGGGGCGAUGCCGCUGCUGCACCGCAAGCCCUUCGUGAGGGAGCAGCCCCCCGCCGACCUGCGGCCGGACGAGCGCGUCUUCUACUGCAGGGUCACCAACGAGAUCUUCAGGGACUACGAUGACUUCUUUGAACGCACCAUUCUGUGUAACAGCCUUGUGUGGAGUUGUGCUGUCACGGGUAAACCGGGACUCACAUAUCAGGAAGCACUAGAAUCGGAAAAGAAAGCAAGGCAUAAUCUCCAGAGUUUUCCAGAGGCACUUAUAGUUCCAGUUUUAUACUUGGCCACCCUUACCCAUCGCUCACGACUUCAUGAAAUCUGUGAUGAAAUCUUUUCUUAUGUCAAGGAUCGAUAUUUUGUUGGUGAAACGGUGGAAGUAAUUAGGAAUAAUGGCGCAAGAUUGCAGUGCAAAAUUUUGGAAGUUAUACCUCCAACACAUCACAAUGGAAUGGCUAAUGGCCACAUCAACAGCACUGAUGGAGAUACUAUCGUCAUCAGCGAUAGUGAUGAUUCAGAAACACACAGCACAUCUGUGCAAAAUGGGAAAAAAAAAGCCAUAAUUGAUCCCUCCUUAUUCAAGUACAAAGUCCAGCCUAUUAAAAAAGAGCUAUAUGAAUCUGUAAUUGUAAAAGCAUCUCAGUUAAGCCGGAGAAAACAUUUAUUUUCUCGUGAUAGACUUAAACUUUUUUUGAAGCAACACUGUGAACAGCAUGAUGGAGUCAUUAAAACUAAGGCGACAUCAGUUGCAAAAUACAAGAUAGCAGAACAAACUUUCUCCUACUUUUUUCCUGAUGACCCACCCACGUUUAUCUUCAGUCCUGCAACCAGGCGACGAGGGAGGCCUCCAAAGAGGCCAUCUGUAAGUCAUGAAGACAGGGUGGCUGAUAAACCAAAUACUCAAGGAAAUAGAAACAAAUUAGCAAAGGAAAGGGCCCGGCUUCAGAAACAAAAAGAAGAAAUGCAGGCCAUGGCUUUUGAAAAAGCUAAAUUAAAGAGAGAGAAGGCAAAUGCCAUAGAAGCAAAGAAGAGAGAGAGAGAAGAUAAAGAGAAAAAGAGAGAGGAGCUAAAAAAGAUUGUGGAAGAAGAAAGGAUGAAGAAAAAAGAGGAGAAAGAGAGACUCAAGAUUGAAAAAGAAAAAGAAAGAGAGAAAUUACGUGAAGAAAAACGAAAAUAUGUGGAAUACCUAAAGCUGUGGAGUAAGCCUAGAGAAGAUAUGGAAUGUGAUGAUCUUAAGGAACUUCCAGUUCCAACUCCUGUGAAGACGAGAUUGCCUCAAGAGGUCUUCGGUGAUGCUCUGAUGGUCUUAGAAUUUCUUCAUGCGUUCGGAGAACUCUUUGAUCUUCAAGAUGAGUUUCCUGAAGGAGUCACCCUAGAACUUUUAGAGGAAGCUCUUGUAGGAAAUGACAGUGAAGGCCCACUAUGUGAAUUGCUGUUUUUUUUCCUGACUGCCAUAUUUCAGGCAAUGGCUGAAGAGGAGGAGGAAGUAGCCAAAGAUCAAAUAGCUGAUGCUGAGACCAAAGAUUUAACAGAGGCUUUGGAUGAAGAUGCAGACCCUACAAAAUCUGCACUGUCUGCAGUUGCAACUUUGGCAGCUGCAUGGCCCCAGUUGCAUCAGGGCUGCAAUUUGAAAAACUUGGAUCUCGAUAGCUGCACUCUUUCCGAGAUUCUCAGGCUCCACAUCCUAGCAUCAGGUGCUGAUGUUACAUCGGCCAAUGCAAAAUAUCGUUACCAAAAACGUGGAGGGUUCGAUGCUACAGAUGAUGCUUGCAUGGAGCUGAGGCUGAAUAAUCCUGGUCUGUUAAAGAAACUCUCAAGUACUUCUGUGUAUGACCUGUCACCAGGUGAAAAGAUAAAGAUUCUUCAUGCCCUUUGUGGAAAACUUUUGACUCUCGUCUCCACUCGAGAUUUCAUUGAGGACUCUGUUGAUAUAUUACGGCAGGCAAAACAGGAGUUCAGAGAGUUAAAGGCAGAACAACAUCGCAAAGAGAGAGAAGCAGCAGCAGCAAGGAUACGCAAGAGGAAGGAAGAAAGAUUAAAAGAACAAGAGCAAAAGAUGAAAGAAAAACAGGAAAAGUUGAAGGAAGAAGAGCAAAGAAAUCCUGCUGUGGAAGCGUCUAUUGGGGAGGAGGAACGGGAAGACCUUGAUACUAGCACAGAAAGCAAAGAAGUUGAACGGAAGGAGCAAGACAUGGACACAGUGACAGAGGAUGAGGAAGAACCAGGGCCAAAUAAAAAAGGCAGAAGAGGAAAGAGAAGCCAAAAUGGAUAUAAAGAACUUGCAAGGCAAGAAGAAACUGUAUCUGAAAAGAGUGAACCUCUUACUGCUGAAGAAGAAGAAGCUUUAAAACAGGAGCAGCAAAAGAGAGAGAGAGAACUCCUAGAAAAGAUUCAAAAUGCCACCGCCUGCACCAACAUCACUGCCUUGGGUCGUGAUCGCAUGUACCGACGAUACUGGAUUUUUCCUUCCGUUUCUGGAUUGUUUAUAGAAGAGGACUAUUCUGGUCUUACAGAAGACAUGUUAUUGCCUCGAACAUCUUCCUUUCAGUCUUGCACAAAUGAACCUCAGGUAUCCCCUAAAACUGGAGAGUCGUUGAAGUCCUCUGAAUCUACCUCCGCUAUUGACCAAGAUUCAUAUGCCAGUGUUGCUGUUGAGGUGCCAAGGCCAGUAUGUAAGCCAAACCGCUGGUGCUUUUACAGUUCUCGGGAACAACUGGACCAACUCCUAGAGGCUCUCAAUUCCCGAGGACAUAGGGAGAGUGCCUUAAAAGAAACUCUUUUACAAGAGAAAAAUAGAUUAUAUGAACAGCUAAAUGAAUUUCCUGUGGAAAAAUUACAUAUUCCAGACAAACCUCAAAGUGACAGCAGACCACUUUCAGGGCGGGGAAGAAUACAGAAUACACAUGAUGCACUUCAGAUGUCGGCAGAAAAGCAACUUGAACUACGACUUAGAGACUUUCUUUUGGACAUUGAAGACCGAAUCUAUCAAGGAACAUUGGGAGCUAUUAAGGUUACAGACAGGCAAUCUUGGAGAGCAGCCCUAGAAAAUGGGAGGUACGAGCUGCUAAAUGAAGAACACAAGGAAAAUGGUAUAAUUAAAACUGUGAAUGAAGAUGUUGAAGAAAUGGAAACUGAUGAUCAAGACAAGUUUAUUCUAAAAGACAGAUUUACAGGAUUAAAAGCUGAAGCUCAAAGCACUGCAUCAACAAAUACAAGCACUCCCCAGCCAGUUAAUAAUGUGGUCCAUUGCUUAGCAUCUGCACUGCUUCAAAUAGAGCAAGGCAUUGAGCGUAGGUUUCUCAAAGCACCACUCGAUGCCAGUGAUGGUGGGCGUUCAUAUAAAACAGUACUGGAUCGCUGGAGGGAAUCUCUUCUUUCUUCUACCAGCCUGUCCCAAGUGUUCCUGCAUCUCUCUACACUGGAUCGGAGCAUCAUCUGGUCUAAAUCCAUCUUAAAUGCUCGCUGUAAGAUGUGCCGAAAGAAGGGUGAUGCAGAAAGCAUGGUGCUGUGUGAUGGCUGUGACCGAGGUUAUCAUACCUACUGUAUCAGACCCAAGCUCAAGGCCAUUCCUGAAGCAGACUGGUUUUGUCCAGAAUGCCGACCAAAACAGCGCUCUAGACGCCUCUCCUCAAGACAGAGACCGUCUGUGGAAAGUGAUGAAGACGCUGCAGAACAGUUUGACAAAGAGGAAGAAGAAGCAAGCUAUGAGGAAGUGGGACAGAGUGAAGACGAGGAUUAUGAGGAAGAGCAAGAAGAUGAUGAUGAUGAUGAAUCUCAAGAAGAAGAAGAAGAAAUAAGCCUGUCUAAACAAAGGAGGCCACAAGUCAAGUUUCCAUUAAAAAUGAGGGCAGCCAAACUCAACAACCCCUUCUCAAGUCGGUGUAGCCAGCGCCAGGCUACUGGAAGAUAUGCUUCCCGGAGUCAGCAAAAUACUUCUAAACAAACUGCGUCUUCCUCCAGAGCUAGAAGAAGGGGGCUAAGAAAAGUGAAGUCUGCUCCUCCAUCAGUCAUGAAGCCUUCAUUAAGACUUAACAGCCGCACUACUCGUCAGAGUCAAGGAGCUUUACAAGCAGAUGUAUUUGUGGAAUUACUUGGUCCUCGAAGACGACGUAGAGGACGGAAGACGGCUGAUAAUACACCAGAAAACAGUCCUUCCAGUUCCUUUGGGUUUAGAGUUGUUGAAAGCACAGACUCAAAUGCACGGGUCCAGAAAUCUCUGGUUUCUGCACCAAAACUCUCUCUUCAGGAUAGUGAACCUAAGAGAAGAGGCCGGAAACGGCAAUCUACAGAUUCUUCUCCUCAGACUGCUUUAAACAGGAGGAGUUCAGGGCGUCAGAGUGGAGUCCAUGAAUUGUCAGCUUUUGAACAACUUGUCGUGGAGCUAGUACGACAUGAUGACAGCUGGCCUUUCAUGAAACUGGUUUCCAAAAUCCAGGUACCAGACUACUAUGAUAUCAUCAAAAAACCUAUUGCCUUAAAUAUAAUCCGUGAAAAAGUAAAUAAAUGUGAAUACAAGUUAGCAUCGGAAUUUAUUGAAGAUAUUGAGCUCAUGUUUGCAAACUGCUUUGAGUACAACCCUCGCAACACAAGUGAAGCAAAAGCUGGAACUAGACUUCAAGCUUUCUUCCAUGUUCAGGCUCAAAAGCUUGGACUCCCUGUGACAUCUGGUAAUGCAGACCAUGCUGCUCCAGCUGCAAAGAAGUCACGAAUCUAACCUCUGCCUUCCGAAGGAUGUUUUGAGGGAAACUUAUAUGCAUAAAAAUGAAACAUUUAAAUCAUGCAGUCAUCCUAUCUGUAUAAAGCAAUAACAACUGUUUAACCACCUUGAAGUGGGGCCUGCACUAUAUUCUCAAUUUAAUAUUAAGCACUCAGGAGAAUGUAGGAAAGAUUACCUUUGCUACAGUUUUAUUCAGUGUCUAAUAAUUUUGAUAGAUGUACUGGAUACAGUACUGGUUUACAGAGGUUUUGUACAUUUUUAAUACAUUCAUGUGUCCAAAUAUAUCUUCCAGAAACUUUUUUUUUUUCCUGCAUUGAAUGACCUUGUUUCAUCCUAUAGAUUUUCUAGAAGCUGUGGUAUUGUGAGGGCUUUAUCAACUCAGAUAAAAUCUUCUACUGUAACACAGUUGAAGAAACUGUGUAUAUGUUUAAAACUUGUUUUGAGCAUAUCUUAUCUACACUACACAUGAAUGAGUACAAUUUACAUAUCCUUCAAAGUACUGUACCAGUGCUGGCUGGAGGUAUUCAGUCUGAGUUUAAGUAGAUAUUUAUUUAGUAUUCGAAGUAAUUUGUGAAUUUGUUUUGUAUUUAUAAAAUUUGUACCUGGGGAUAAAAACAAAAAAACAGAGUUCCUUAACCUUUUUUUAUUAUUAUUUUUCUGUGUUUUUGUUAUUUCUAACUUUUUUUUUUUCUGAUGAUCAAUUGAUAAUGUAAUACCUUCCCCUUUCUGUGGAGCAGUUCUUCUAGCAACAACUAACUUACAGGACUGUAUAAUGAAUUUAUAUGACAACUUUCUAAGUGUACAAAUAAAAUGAUACAUUUUUCAAUGUA